GACGCGGCGGGACGGUCGCCGGGGCCCGGAGCCCGGUCUCGGUCUCUCCGCUCCCCUCGGCCGGAGCCCCCGCACCCCGCGGGGAGCGUGAGGCGCCGCGCCCGCCCUGUGAGGGUGGUCUGCGCGGCCCGGGCCUGCCAGCGGGGCCGGUCCCCUCAGCUGGGGCUCGGGGCUCAAGGGCCCCCUCCGUGCCGCCGCGGCUCGUAGCGCAACGCCCCGGGGCACCGCUCAGUGCUGAAGCGGGGUCGGUGCGGCAGGUGGCCGGUUCUCGAUGCGCUGGUGGGCCUGGUACUGCACCAUGAUGACAGCCUCAGCAGAUAGCUCUGAUAAUUAUGAAAAGUGGCAGAUGGAAUUGAGCCAGAGUUACAGUAGCUCUGGCUUGGACUAUUCAGAAGAUACUUUUGAGCCCUUCAGCGAGGAGGAAGAAGCCUGCUGGCAGCAAGAGAGCGAACCAUCUGAAUCGUAUUGUUCCACAGAGAAUUUAGAGGGGUCUGCUGUGUCAGAUACAUUGGAAAGCAUGCCACAGUUGGCAGGCCAAAAUCAUGCAGAUGAGCAGUCUGAAGUAGUGGAUUCUGCAGCUAUAGAAAGAGAUGUCAUGGGAAAAGGGGUUGAUCUAAAAAAUAAAGAAGCUGGCAUUAAGCAAGACAAAUCUGUCAUCAAAACUCAUGCUGAAAUUACUGAAUUAUUAGAUGGAGAACUGGAUGCUCUCCAGUCUUUUUGCACCGUUAAGAUAAGCAAGAUGCGUCAGCAGCUGAUCUCUAAGCAGGCAAAUGGUGGCAAGUCAGGAAAGCUGCGGCAUGGAUUCACAGCAAAGAAACUGGAGACAAGUGACUUGAACUGCAUUAUUCCUGAUCAGCUAAUGAACAGAAUCCGCCUGAAAAAUAUCAGAGAGACUGUUAAACAGGUGACAGAAGCUCAAAUCCACCAAUCUUCAGUGUGCCCUGGCUGUUGGAAGAAGGAAGCAGAGCUAGCCAAGAUUACCUUUCUCAGACGAAAGAAGAUUCUAAUGGAAAGUGCUUUAAUCCAAGAGAAAUUGGAAGAACAGAUUUACUCCAGAGAUGUGCUUACACUUAUAGGAGAAGCACUCAGAAGCUUUCCCAAACCUUCAGAGGAUCCCAAGAACUUAUGGCAAAAGCUGAAAGGUCAGAAAACUUAAAGGGAGGACUGAGUUUGGUGAAUGUCUAAAAUCUUCAGCUUCAUUGGAAGGAUGAAGGCCAGAAAUUAUACGUGAGCUACUGCAGUUUUGUUGUUUUAAUAGGAAACUGAUUGUACAUACCUGACCCUUAGGCUAACUCAAACUUCCUUUGAAUUCCUGAUGACAUUGAUUAAGAAUGGUUAAUAAGGAUAUGUAAACCAGCAGCAAGUGAGAAAAAUGUAUAAUACUGUUCUCAAAUUAACACAAAAAUGUCUUUCCAAAGUGAAGAUGUCUGACCUGAAACUAUAAACCUACUCCUUGUGAAUUAAUGUGAAAAAUCUCUUUGAUUUCAGUAGUAGGAGAAUCUUUGGUUUCUAUCUUUGUGUGUCUUUCUCAUGUACUCAUCCACCCGUACAUACACUGUGCAUUUUCAAAUGUUGAAUUACUUCCAGCGUUUAUAUUGUCUUAAAUAUAUAUUGGCUUUUUAAUAUAGUUUUGGGCUUGCUUGCUUGCUUGCUUUCUGCCUUCAGCUUAUUUGUAAAUUUCCCUGCUGCCUUUCAAAUUGUCUCUUCCAUUUUUAUUGCAUUGUGGAAGAAUGUGCCUCCUUUCUCUAAAUUUGCAUCUUUUUGAUGUAAAAACAUUGGUAUGAAAUAUAUCCAUCAUGUUGUAAACCUGAUAUGUAAAUGAUUCUUUUCUCCUCCUCCAGAGCUAGCAUAGCAAGACAUCUACUAAUACACUUCUGCACAAAAUUGCAGAUGAAAGCCAGAGUGGGAGUGAGAGCAAAUGAAAGCGGGGAUAAGGAGGAGGGAGGGAAGGAAGGAAGGAAUGGGAGAAGGAGAGAAGGCAGGAAACACUUAAAAGAGCACGUAGUGACAUGUUUUAGCCACACUGCUUAUUUUUUGCUGCAUCUUCUAUAAACUCAUGUGUAAGAACGAAAGGCCAGAUUUUAGGAGUAUUUUAAAUUAUGUACAUAAGACCGCCCUUGCCAUUUUCAGAACCCUUGGACAUACUAGUACACAUCUAUCUGUCUUUAUCUCUGGAUGCUUAAAAUACUUUUGGAAAUUUUAAGGUUUUGAUCUACAAAGUGCCAGUCAGCUUUCAGCUGAGAGCGAGCUAGGCUUCCUGUUUCCCAGUAGGUUCUGUGUACUUCGGGAGUAUGGGCUUAAAUAAUAAACAUUGGGUUGUUACAGAACGAUGCUUCAGGUAUGUUUGUAGUGUCACUGGGUUUGUAGGUGUUAAACACCAUAGAUUUAUCUGAGAAGUCCUAAAAUCAAACUGCCUCUCUAUGCCUUUGUCUGCUGUACUGUUAAUCUCAAAACAAAAUAGAAGAAAUUAUCUGUGUUAGAUAUUUACACAUAGUCAUCCUUAGAAACUUAAUUUGCAUAAACCCCUUGUGAUUACAUCCAGUGAGGUAACUGGCA